GACAACAAGAGAAACGGUMCAGUAGGACACCUUUGUUAUCGGWCGAACAACUUCCAAGAAAGUUUUUKUCAUGCAUCUAAUAGAACCAAUGAGGCUCUAAAAGGAGGCUUAAGAAAAGCAUAGUAAUAUUCCCGMAAGAUGAUGGCAAAUAAUGUGAUCAACGGGCAAAUAAUUUUGGAAGAGGAAUACGAUGAGACGUAUGAACCAACGGAAAAUGAGGUUUUUGAGUAUGCACAAUUAAUAGGAAUCGACCCACAGAUCGAGAAAAACCUAUUAUGGAUAGCAAGGGAAGGAAUCGUUGCUCCACUGCCUCCAGAUUGGAAACCAUGCCAAGAUUCUCAAGGUGACAUCUACUAUUUCAAUUUUGGCACUGGCCAAAGUGUGUGGGAUCAUCCCUGCGAUGAAUACUAUCGGAAUAUGGUCAUUGAAGAGAGAGCAAAACAGAAGAAGAUGGGUGGUGGAGCGAAAAAAGACAAGAAAAAAGAUAAAAAGGAAAAUAAAAAAGAAAAUAAAAAACCUACCAAGACAUUAGAUCCUCCUUCAAAACAAAAGGGAGGUCUUGGYCUAUCACCUUUAAAGGGCGAGGCUCCUCUUGGUUCAUUGGCUCCUUUGAAAAGCAAUUCACCUGGACCACUUGGUAACUCUGUGAACAGUUCCUUUGGAGGGUCGUCAUUUGGUGUUGAUUCUUUGGGAGGUUCCCUUGGUGGUCCUAAAGGUUCCCUUGGAGGAACUGGUGGAUCCCGAUUUGGCAACAGUCUGACRUCAAAUCCAUUUCAGCAGAAAGUACUUGGGAAUAUUAAAAAUGGAGAUGAGGGAGUAAAAAGGCCAUCAAAGCAAGAUCCCUUGGAAUCUUCUACUGAGAAUGAUCCUGUUGUGAUCAAUUUAAAUACAUCUCUUGGUGACAGCAUCAACAUAAACCUGAUGGCUGAUUCUGAAAGUGAAGAUGAACUCGAGCUGAGCCCUUACAAGAAAGGAACAUUUGACUUUAAUGCACAUGACAUUGCUGCCUUAGGAUAUGAGGAAUCAGACAUUGAAGAGAGCUCAAACAUCAGGCAGCCCAAUACACCAUCAUUGAGUGACAUGGAUGAUGGAGAAGAAGUGGAUUUUGGUAUUAAUCCAACACUGUCUGAUAAACUUGAAGGAAUGAGCGCUGAUACCUUAAACUUGCAGAAAAUGUCUUUCACUAAUGACCUGAAUGCUAGUAAUGCCAAGACAAGUGAGGAUGACAGAGAAAUGAGAGCAAGAAUUCAAGCAGAGGCUGCAGAAAGGAGAGCUGCAUCUUUGAAAGGAGAAAGCACUGUGGAACAAGAACGUGAACAACUUGCAAGUGAAGCAGCAAAAACGCUAAAGGACUUGAGAGAGGCCAUGGAAAAAGAACUUGAAGAAGCAAAGCAAAAACUUGAAAAGGAAAAGCAGCAAUCCCUAAACAAGCUCAAGGAGAAAAUGAAGCAAGACGAAGAAAAAGAAGAAGAUAAACUUAAAGAUGAACAUGAAGCAGUCAUGAAGACCUUGAGAGCAAAAGCCAAAGAAGAUGCACUUGAUGAAGAGGCAAUGUUACAAGAAGGAAAACAAGAUGCUCUAAGAAAAAAGAAGCUUGAAAUUCAAAGAGAACAAGAAGAGGAAGAAACAAAACUCAGGAAAGAAAAAGAGGAGGCUAUUGAUCGCAUCAAGGAGGAGCUGGAAGAAGAGCAAGAACAGAUUGAAUCCAACCUCCACUCAGACCAAGAAAGAAGCUUAAAAAAUUUGCGCGAGAAACUUGCAAAGGAGUUUGAGGACAAGAAAAAGCUGAUAAAUGACRAACAACAGGCUUCUUUAGAUGAAUUAAAAGAGAAACUUGAAACAGACAAAGAAUUGACAAUCGAGAAGUUACAGCAAGAAAACGCAUAUAAAYUGCAGCAAAAAAAGAAUGAAUUGAUUGAGAAACAUGAAAAGGCAAUGGAGGAUGUACUCAGUGAGCUUGACCAAGUUCAAAGCGACGAACUGAAUGAAAACAAGAAAGCUUUAACUCGUGCAAGAGCAUCUUAUGAUGAGCAGUUAGACUCUCUUGAUGCUGAGAUGGAAGACGAAUUUAUGAGCAAGAAAAGUGAUCUUGAGGCGAAAUAUGAACAACAACUUGAGUCUGUCAGAGCCGAGUGCGAAAAGAAGAUAUUUCGCUUGAAACAAGAAUGGAAAGAACAGGAAAACAAAGAAAAGUAUGAAUUGGAAGAAAAGUGGGACAGUGAGAAAGAAGCGUUAGUCCAAGAACAUGAAAAAAUCAUGUCUGAACUUAGAAGAGAUUGCGAAGGGAAGAGAAAAUUGCUWCAGGAMGAUUGGGAAAGCUUGUCAUCCAACCUGACUAAUGAAAAAGGAGAACUAGAAAUGCAGAGACAAGAACAAGAAAAACUACGCAAAGAGUUAGAGAAAAACGAACAAGAGUUGAAACAACAGGAAAUUGAAAUUGAACGUCGAAAAGAAGAACUUGCUGCCGAGCGUGAAAGCUUGCUUAUGCAAAAUAACGAGUCCCUGGCUGACGAAGUAAGACUUGCUGCUGCUAAACAUGAAAACAUGACGUCUGAGCUAAAGCAACUUGAAGACCGUGGAAAACAAAGCAAACAAGAAAUUCAAAGACUUGAAAAGCAAAAAUCCAAACUUCAUGAAGAAAUUAAACAACUCAAUGAGAGCAAAGAUAAGCUACACAGCAAUAUAGAUGAUAUGAAGUCGAGAUACCAAAAGAUGCAGCAAAAUUACAAGCGACAGGAACAGGAUUUUAACGAUUUAAAGAAAAAGCAAGAGUCUUUAGAAGCAAARCUGCAAGACAUGAACAGAGAUGUAGAUUUGGAUGACACACUAGUAGAUGAAGAGGAUGAUGAACCAACCAAGUCAAGGCCGGCAGCGGGAAGGGUUAGCAAGAAAGAAGCAUUGCUGUUAGAAGACCUCGAGCCUAAGGGAGUGUCUGCCUUCAAGAGAGAUAACCNAAAAAAAUCGUAUUUAUUAUGCACAUAUUAG